AGACGGCACGACAGGGGUCAUAAGUACUUCUAAUCGAAAUCUAUUUCUUUUCUGUUAUCUAUUUCAUUUGAAUUUAAUUCGUAUGUAUCAGUGGUCUUGGAUUUGGUCUUCUUCAUUUGCCUUUGAUGUAGACGACUAAAGCAGACGAUUCCGCUUAGGGCGACAUGCAAGCAGACGAUUCCGCUUAGGGCGACAUGCAUCUCUCGUGCAAGGUGUUGUGCAUGUGGAUGCGCAUCGAGGAAGAAUUGCAAGCGCAAAUCGUAUAAUAUUGAUGAACCGACCGGGGGACAGCGAGAUUAUGAUCUAAUACAUGACCAUGGAACAGCGUCUCUCCGUUCUCUCCGGUGAACUCCAACAGAUCGAAACCCUCGUCAACCAAGAGGAAAAAAUCCGGAACGCGGUACAAACCUUGUUCGAAAAAUACUUCGAACUAGUCGACCAAACCGAGGCGGAGUGGAUGGUGCUGAUUCAUGAAAAGCUCCUUUCGAUUUCCAAAAUGCCUAAUGCAGCGACGAUUCCAGGUGGACGAGCAGGUGCAGGAGCAGCUUCGUCAUCUUCGUCCUCUUCCUCCUCAUCUCCGCCAAAAAUAAACGAAGGCGCCGAAGCUGGUGCUGGGGAGAUGAUGAAUGCAAGACAAGUUGACAUGAAGAAGAAACAUCUCCGAAGACUGCAACUAGACCGGGAAAAAAUGCGCGUUCGCUACGAGGACUUCGAAAAUCGGGAGGCUUUGAAUCUACCGUUCUUGUACGGUUUGCUGAAGAAGAAGAUGCGAAAAAUUUUUCUUCGGUCCCAUUCAGGAGCUGCGUCGGGUAAUGGGGGUGAAGUUGAUCACGUGGACUCCAACAAGAGCUUUGCGAGAUUUUUCAAGAAAAUCAAGGACGUUCCCUUCCUGGAGGAGCAUUUUGCUGAAGCUGGGCAACUACAAGAAAGUCAUCGCACGACAGAAGGAGCUCCUCGGAACGGAAAACGACCCGCACAAGAAAGGAGCAAGCAGCCCAUUGGAACAAGCACAAUUUCGGCGGGCACCUUUGAAGAUGUUGAUGUACCAGUCGGAAGACAGAACCUUCAAAAUCCGUGGUUUCAGAUUCCGAAAAACGCGAAAGCAGCGGCGCGGGCCUUGGAAUUUUUCGAAAAUCAUAACGACGAGGAGGCUAUCAGUAGUGGCUCGGAAGAUUCGGAUUCCUGUUCAUCCUCCGCCACAGGGGAUAGACGCGAUUCUGACGUUUCCGCUUUCUCUGGAAAGCAAAACGGGAGGGAAGCGCGAAGGGUUGAUGAUGUGCGAGACCGUGAGGCACAAGUACGUUCUGGUGUUUCUACUUUCUCAUCUGCCACUGAAGCAGCUAGCCCUGCAACUUUCAGUUCCUCGACAUCAUUCACGCCAUUUUCCUUCAAGUUUGGCCAGAACCAAGGCCGGGUGGAUCAUGGUGCUGUGUCUUCACCGAGGCUCGACGCUUUCAAUGACAGUGGGAGUAGUGGCGCUCCUAUUGCUCCUUGGUCAGGAUCAGGCUCCGGAGCGUCAUCUUCGUCUUCCUCUGCUUCGGCAGCGAGCUCUUCGAAGAUGCCGCAGAAUAGACACAUCAGCCAAAGUGUUGGAAGUGGUAACUCCGCCACCGGACGCAGCAGUUCUAGUCUCUUCUUGCCAAUGACGAGUCAACAUAUCAGCACUUCAUCUGGUGCGCCACACCAGCAAAGGCAUCAAACCACGCCAGCUAGUACAUCAACGGGCACCAGCAGCUCGAGCUCCGGCAACAUGUUCGUGUUCCACAAUGGUGGCGAGCCCAUCGAUCUUCGUCCGCGGCAUGUUGUGAGAACUGGGACCGCUGCGACGGAUGAUUCCAGUCUCGGCACGACGACCCUAUCUCGGCGCAGCACCUCCUCUUCCUCGAGAGGGAGAAAACUGUCUACCCCCUCAUCCUUACAGAUCCUUGCGGGCGACGACGGUGGUUCCUCUUCGUCACCCUCUGCCUCUGGAUCGCCAUCGCCACAGUCAGCGUCACCGCCGGUGUCGCCAAGGAUGGCGCCAGUAGAUUCGAGGACAUUUAUUUCGCAAGAAGAAGAGCCGACGUCCAGGGCGGGGGCUACUUCUUCAUCUUCGACUUCGAGAAGGUCCCGUAGGCGGAGCAGGCCGCGGCGGUUCGACAUGCGAGGAGAUGUUGAUUCUCGGCCUGGGGCAUCAUCGGCUGCGCUUGAUACGGGCCUUCCUAAUUUUGCUUUGUCGAGCCACAGCCAGCAGCUGGAUCAUAGCACCAGCAGGGCAGCAGGAUUCUCUACUUCGUCAGCGGCACGCCAACGCGAGGACGAUCUUUCUACCCGCCCCGGCCCAACUGCUCGUCCUGGUUUAGCCGUGUCAUCUCGAUCCGCUGUGCGAAAGGCGAGAAAGCGAGAUCGCGAUUACCGGUGAAGAGGGGUACGACGUCUAAGAGCUCUGUUGAAAAAACAAGACAGAGACAGAACAUGUUCCUUCGUGUGUCAGAGUCGAUGUUGUCUUUGUGUAGUACAACAUGCUUAGCUUGCUUCUGUAAUAGUUGGACAAAGCCUGUCCACCAUCAUGCGGCUCUAUAGACGUGAUGUUGAUCAAUGAGAACGCGAACUCUUGCUGACCCCUUAAU